AUGUCUCGUGGAAUAAGACUGGACAUUGGACCAACCAAAAGGAAUGGAAUUCAAGAUGGAAACAUAAAAGCUUUUGAAUCCGGUUCUUUCUCUGGGUAUGCUAAGUAUAUCUACAAAAGGUCUGUUAGUGGUGCAUUUGAAUUGUCUGGGUUCAAUUAUAAUGAAAAGGAUCUAUCCAAUAUAGUCAUAACUUCUGCUAUAACGGCCACAGCAGUUACUACAUAUUUUGACACUGGGAACCAAAAACUCUUUAUUAUACACGCAGACACAACUGCAAAACACAUAUAUUACACAAAUUAUGACAUUAGUAAAGACAUCAUCAAGGACUCCUGGUUUGAGGAAUUUAUAACUAUCAAUAGUGGUGCACUUACUGAAAACAGUGAUAUUAAGAGUAUCCUAGAAAAUAUAGAGAAAAAUACCAGGCUUUACUAUUAUAGUCUUAGUAGCAGUAUAAAGAAAAAACUUUUGAGAGGAACUGAUAUUGCUUUUGAUAUUACCAAAAAACCUGAAACAAGUAGUUACAAGUCAGAACUUACGGAUGUAGUAAUAUCGCCCAAAAAAUCUGACACCAAGAUCACAGGAUACAACAAGGUUCAACAUAGUAUAGGAACAGAACCAUUCUUUGCGAGACAAAUUAAGCUGUCCGGUAACUCUUACAUGGACCUCGGAGACACUGUUCCAAACGUUCCUGUCAGAGAGUUUAAUGUAUACUAUAGUACUUCUGAUGGGAACUAUGGUAAUCCCCUAUUGGUUUUGUUGAAUAUAAAGCAGCUAGAAGAUGUCAGUCAAUCUCAAUAUAUCCCUAAUAAGUACCUCUUAUCAAAAAAUGGUAAUGACACAGAUUGGGACAUUCGUAGAAUUGUUGGUUCUAUAGAAGAUACAGAUGAGGAGCUCGGGAAAGUGCUUAAAAAUAUUUCGGAACAGAAAAGGCUCGAAAUUAACCAGUUAGAGUCUGACCUUAAGAAUAAGCUUACAGACAUCUCAAAGGAUCUCAUAAUUAACCUCACUGGACAGUUUUCAGUUGAUGAAAAAUCAGUUGGAAGCUAUGAUUCAGAGAGUAAGACUGUUUACUACAAGAGGUUUACAGACCAUGGGUAUACUAGGAUUAAGCAUUGCUAUACAUUUUUUAGUUUUACUGUAAAGGAGAUAAAGUUUGAUGAUAAUCAUUCCAUAGAUUCCAAAUUUCUACCUCAAAAGGAAACCAAAGUUUACAGCCUUAGUUCCUAUCACCAUACCAUCUCAGAUGGAAAUCCUCUAUUAGUUUAUCUUUACGAUGAAGACAACUAUUGGCUAAAGAGACAACGUGGAGACACUACCUGGCAAAGUCUUUACGGCGAUGCUCCUACAAAGGAAAAUGAUCCUUCUAUUAAGCCUCUCCUUGAAACUCUAUCCACCCCAAAAGUUGCAAUAGAUAUUUCUCAGUAUGCCAUUGAAUCUUACAAUCCAACCGGCAACAUUCUAUAUUUUAAAGUUGAAAGCACCGAUAAUCCCGCUGGCUCAGAUUUCUGGAAGUUUAAACAUACCGGGCCGGAGAAUAAACCCUUCACAAUUAAGAGAGUUUAUCAUGGAACUACUCAACUGAAAGGCAUAGACUAUCCUGAUAAACUACUUAGCAUUUCUGGCUUCUUUUCUGGGAAAAGUUCUAGUAACAUACCUCUCUUGGUUGAACUUGUUGCUAGUGGUAGCUCCAAGUAUUCAUACUUUCACAGAGUUCAGAAGGAUGGAACUAAUUGGACAGAACUUACCCGAUCUGAUGGAGAAACUACUAGAUUAGAGAGCGAAGAUCUUAAGAAAGAACUUGAGAGACUAAAGAAGAUACAUUUUCCUGAUCCAGCUGGACUUUCUGAAGGAGCUAAAGCAGGAAUUGGUGCUGGAAGUACCGUCGGUGGAGGAAGUGCUAUUGGCUUUGGGUUCUGGAAAGGACCUGUUGUAUUAAGAAGUAUAAUGUCAUGUCUAAUCACCCGCAUAUAG